CUUUGCUUUGUGUUUUUGUGUGUUUUUCUCGCAACAUUGCAUUAGCGCCUUUGCAUUAGGGCACUGCCUUGGCCUUAGCUCUCAUCGUUACUAUAAGCAUCUCCUUCCUUAUAGAGUCUGUAAUAGCACCUCGCAUCAUCGCCCUUAUUUUUAUUUUUAUUUAUUUUUGGUUUUGGUUGUGAGGAAGUGAGUUGAUUUAAGGGCAUGAGCAAGAACGAGAGUAGCUACGCGGGCGUUGUGGGCAAUGGAGGGGGCGAAUUCGAGCUCCCUCAGGAGGUUUUUUCUGUUUUGCCUUCCGAUCCCUACGAGCAACUUGAUGUUGCCCGGCGGAUUACUGCCAUGGCGGUCGCGGCGAGAGUUUCGAAGCUGGAGAGUGAGACCGGGAAACUGCGCCAGAAGCUGACGGAAAAGGAGCGCCUCAUUUCUGGCUUGCAGGAGCGCGCUUCGGAGGCCGAGGGGACGUUGCAGGAGACUAGCGCUAGGCUGUCUCAUGCUUUGGAUGAGCAGGCUAAGCUGGCAAACGAGAAGAAUGCGUUGGCAGCCCAAGUGAAGAAGUUGAUGAGGGACGUUGCGAAGCUGGAGACAUUCAAACGCACACUCAUGCAAUCCCUUCAAGAAGAUGACGACAAUCCCAAAGCUGAAGGCGGUGACAAGCGAGGCGUAAGUUCAAACCUGGCAAUUAGGAGAGCAUCUCAAGCUGAGUCUUCCCUGAGCAGAGCCCUCGAUGAUGACGGUCAAUCAACAAAAUCCUUCAGUACAAGUUCCUCCGUAAACACUGAAGAGCGUGGUUUCCGAGAAGGAGGAGCAUCUAAGCCUCCCACCAGCUAUCAAACUUCUGCGCAUAAUUCGGCACAAGGAACUCCGCAUUUGAGCCCAAAGCUAACUUCUAGUGGAUCCGGAAGAGCAUCACCGCGGCGGAGCAUGAGUUUGACUGAUAACUCCCAUAGAAUCUCACUCCCGUCGUCAAAGCCCACAAGCCAGUCCACUACUGCUCCAAACUCUCCGCCUAGUCAUGGAUCCGCUCCCUCACGGACACCCCGAGUAGAUGGCAAAGAUUUCUUUCGUCAGGCUAGGAAUCGUUUGUCAUAUGAGCAAUUCAGUGCGUUCUUGGCUAAUAUCAAGGAACUCAAUGCGCACCGACAGACUCGAGAGGAGACGCUUCGGAAAGCCGAGGAAACUUUUGGUCCAGACAAUAAGGAUUUAUAUGCUGCCUUCGACGGACUUCUGAGUCGCCAUCUUCCGUUCUAGGGUAGCUACUUUUCAAUGUUUUUAGGGACAUGCUAUCUAUACUGAUCAUAUUACAAUUGUUCAAAACCUUGGUGCGUUUAUACGAAUUACAUUAUAUCACAAGGUGAAGAACGUGAUGUGUACACAAGCUUAUCAGUUGUAACAAGCCGGUAAGCUCUUUUGCACUAAGGUGCACCACAGAUCAGGUAGGAAAGAGCUUUCCAGUUCAUUUUCUGUACAGUUAAUGGUUUCAGCGAGUCCGCUCAGUUAGGUGCCUUUAUACUUCUUGUUGAAGUUUUUGUUCCUAGAGCUGACAAGAAGUUUGUAGCAGUUUGCCAUUUGACAUCGAGAUAGUUAUUCGUAGGUUAGCUAAUCAAAGUCUGCCUCCAACACUAGAGGUUUGGACCCUCAAAUAUUUUUAAGGAUCGACCAUUCUGUUGCUCUGGAAGCGUAGCUCUCUAGUCCAAGGAGCCAAAAUGAAAUCUCGUGUUUGGGAUUUUAGGUCCACUUGACAUGUUCCUGAAAGAUUCUGACGAUGUCGGCUCCUCCUUUGUUUUCGUCAAGCUUCCUCUAAUUCCUCAUGUCCAUGACGACGAAUUUGAAUAAAUGAAGUAAAUACUACCGUGAUUUGGAA